AUGGCCCCAGUCGCAGUUGAACAUCUUUCAGAAGUGCCUAAGAAAGCUUGUAUUCAAUUGACUGGAACUGUUAGAGAUCGGGCUGCAUUCUUGGUCAAUGAGGCAUGGGACUCCUUGGCUUGGGAUGCUGUAGAGGAAGAUGAAUUAAGAUUUAACUUGACGAAAUUCGGAGGGUAUCAGGUUGAGUUUAUUUCCAACGAUUAUGCCAUCUUACAGGAUCUUAUGCUAUUUGCCUUGCAGAAGAAUGCUGAAUGUCAAAGGGUCAGUGUUAAGAUCUUGUGGUCCAUUCUCGUUUCAGAGUUCAUUUUAAGUGAUUCCAUCAUUGACGUUGAAAGAGAGUGUCUCGUUGGAUUGCAUGACAUCUAUAAUCGAAACGCUUAUAAGCCAUCGCCUGUUGAACAAGAAGCCUUUAUCGACUUGUUGAAGGCAACUAUCCGGUUAGAUCGUGAAGAUGAAGCUUUCUCCAUGUUUUACAACUUCAUAGAGAGUUUGGCUGGAUUCUUGGUGGUUUUGAACGACUUGAAUAGUGUUCCAGUUGGUCCCGAAUUUGAAGACGACAGAACAUUCCACAGGUUGAAUAUCAAUGCUUACCUCAAAAAUGCAAACAAGCCAGAGCUCUUCAAUUCUUUCAUUAAUACCAUGUACGAGGGCCAUUUGAGCAAGGGCGAUUAUAUCCAAGCUGCUUUGAGUUUAGAGCUUUAUGCCUCCACAUUUAGUUGGGAUCAUAAUGUCAUCCUUCCACCAAGUUUUAGACCCAAAUUUCCUCAACAAACAUCGUUUGAGAGAAAAGAAAUGCUUUAUAAGAUGAUUGCAACCAACUACAUCAAGGGAAACAGUUUGGAGAGAGCCACUGACACAUACAAUGAAUUGUUGGAUUCCUACAACGAACAUACUUAUGACUUGAAGAGUUUCGCUUAUGUUCACAACAAAUUGGCGAAGUUGUAUUUGGAUUUGGAAUCUUCAGACAAGUUGAGUCCCGCCUUCUUUAGAGUAGCAUUCAUUGGCGCUGGCUUCCCAACAAACAUUAGAGGAAAAGAGCAAAUUUAUGAGGGAUUACCCUUCGAGCAUAUUACAUCCAUUCAUGAACGUUUGCUAAGACUUUAUCCCGGAGCAAGAAUCAUUUCAGACGAUGCCGAAGCCUCUAAGUUGAAAGAGAAGGUUCAAACAGGACGGUACUUGCAUGUUAGCACCGUUGAACCGGUUAGUGAAAUUUCGGAGAAAUUGUUGAAUACGUCCAUUGGUGUGAGACAAUAUGCUCGUAACAAGGAUUUGAGAUUCUUUACCACAAUGAAAAAAAUUCCUGGAUCGACAUCCAUUUUUGAUAUGUGGACAGAAGAAACCACCUAUGAGACACACCUUUCUUUCCCAACCUUGAUGAACAGAAGUGACAUUAAGAGCACAAAGGUGGUGAAGUUGUCUCCAUUAGACAAUGCCAUCAGAACUGUUAUCAACAAGAAUAACGACUUGGUACAGCUCGAAAGUAUCAUUGGAAUAGCAUUCAAGGAAAAAACAGAAAUCAACUCACUGCUCAAUGACUUGUCAAGACAGUUGGCCGGUACCGUUGACUCUCCAGUUAAUGGAGGUGUUGGUCAAUACAGAACUUUCUUCGUAGACCCAAGCUUCCAAAAGGAAGAGUAUAAGGACAAGAUCAGGUUAUUGAAGAGUACUUUCUCAGAUUUGACGAUGAUUUUGAACCGUUGUUUAAUACUUCAUGGCAAACUUGCAUCUCCGUCGUUGAGAAAUUCACACGACGCUUUAGUUGAAUUGUUCAAGAAGAACUUUAAGGAGGAGAUUGAGGCGUUGAAAUUGAACCCAGAUUCCGAUGCUGCAAGUAUUACUCAAAGUACUCAUCAGAGUACCUACGCUCCAUCACUUUCGCUGACCUUAGCUGAAAAGCGGUCUCUGUCAAGUGUCAACGGAGCAUCUUUCCAGCCUCCCAACGGUUCACGCUUGACCAAGACUGUCAGUAGAGCAUCAUCUUCAAACUCAAGCGCUAGUGGCAUUUCGGGAAUCUCUUCCGAGAGAGCUUCGACUACUAACAACUCGUCAAUGAGCGGAUUCAGUUUUGGUAGAGGAAAGCGUACUGCGUUGAAUUGGAGAAACAUGGUAAACAGGGGGCCAUGA